AUUUUUACGUACGUGGUCUGCAAUGUUUAUUAGAUGUUUCUGAUCAUACGAAAUAACAUUUGCCAACUGUUCACAAUUAAUGAAAUAGUACAACUAACAGGCGUGGUUAUUUUUGAAGAAUGUCUGUAGAAAGUAAUAUUUUCGAUGACAAUGAGGCACAAUUACCGCAAGAUCUCGAAGAUGAUGUUGUGCAGGAGGUUCUCAAGACUGGAACAGAUCUUAGACAAUAUUCCAGACAAAUUGAAAAGGAACUCAAAGAAGUAGAAAACAAGUCAAUUCAAGAUUAUAUAAAAGAGAGUCUAAACAUAGCGAGCUUACACAACCAAAUUACAGCAUGCGACACUAUUUUGAAGAAAAUGGAGUCCAUGCUCUUAGGUUUUCAAUCUGAUCUAGGAAGUAUCAGCUCUGAGAUUCUUUAUUUACAACGUAAAUCAAAAGCUAUGAGCCAACAGUUGUCGAAUCGUCAGACAAUACGUGGACCACUUAGUCAAUUUAUUGAAGAUAUGACAGUAUCUGAAGCCCUAAUAUCAGGUAUUAUGGACUGUCCUGUAACGGAGACAGAAUUCUUAGAACAGCUAAAGAAUCUCAAUCACAAAAUUAACUUUGUUAAGGAACAGAGCUUUAAGGAAGCGAAAUCUUGUUUAGAUGUAAAAGAUAUUUUAGAAAAGCUGAAGGUUAAAGCGAUGAGCAAAAUACGAACUUACCUUUUGGAACAGGUUUAUAAAUUUAGGAAACCUAUGACAAACUAUCAAGUACCGCAGAAUAAUAUGUUGAAAUACAAAUUUUAUUUUGAGUUCGUUCUCGCUAAUGAAAGAAAUGUGGCUGAGGAAAUUUGUGGUGAAUACGUGGAUACGAUGAGCAAGAUUUAUUAUUCGUAUUUCAAAUCUUAUUCAUCAAGACUGAUGAAAUUACAAUUUGAGGAAGGUGCCUCGAAAGAUGAUUUAAUGGGUGUGGAGGAUACGGCAGGCAGAGGAAUUUUCCAUAAAACUUCCUUGAAACACAGAGGAACCGUAUUUUCUAUCGGAAUGAGAGGCGAUGUCUUAAGUUCUGAACUUGAAGCUCCCAUUAUUGUUCCACAUACAGCUUCGAAAAUCAGGUAUCAUUACGAAGUCUUAUUUAGAAGCGAGCAAUAUGCUUUAGUCGAUAAUGCGUGCCGUGAAUAUUUGUUCCUAACAGAAUUUUUUAAAGUACGGUGCCCACAAGCGAUGGACGUUUUCAAUCAGGUAAUGGGAAAAACACUGGGAAUGAUGUUAAAGAAUCUGGAAUCAUUUGUUGAUGAUUGUUACGACACGAUUGCUCUUUUUCUUUGUCUGCACAUGGCAAUGCGAUAUCAGUUGACGUGUCAUAAACGGGCGGUACCAGCGUUGGACAAGUAUUGGGACAAUGUCUCCUCCGUCAUUUGGCCUCGAUUCGAGCACAUUUUUCAACUCAAUAUUCAGAGUAUAAAAGACUGUGAUCCUGUUAAAUUCAGCAAGGAAACAGGACCACAUUACAUUACUAGAAGGUAUGCAGAAUUUAGUGCUGCUAUGGUUGGCAUUAGUGAAGGAUUUCCUUGUGAAGGGGCCACUCAACUUUUAGCAGAAUUGAGAGAAGCUGUUCAGUGUUUCUUGUUGAGAAUGGCUGCUAUUUUUCCACAACGAACGCAACAACUAGUCUUUCUGAUCAACAAUUAUGAUCUUAUUCUUGGAGUUCUAAUGGAGCGGACAAGGGACAACUCUAAAGAAGCUGAAAGUUUCAGGGAACAAUUAAAUGCUCGUUCUUCCGAGUAUGUCGAGGAAGUCUUAAGUCCACACUUUGGUAGUAUAAUGCAGCUUGUUAAGGAAUCCGAGGCCUCCAUUGAAAAAGGACAAACUGAAGAUGGGAAACGACAGGAGGGUAAAGCUCUUGUCCUUGUGCAAUCGUUUACAAACAAUUGGAAGCGUGCUCUCGAGGAAAUUAAUCGCGAAGUUUUGCGAUCCUAUCCUAGUUUAGUACUUGGAACGACUCUCGUGCAACGUGCAAUGACUCAAUUGGUUCAGUAUUACAACAGAUUCCAUAAAAUUCUGCCUAGUAAUGCGCGGCCGCAAUUAACCAACAUUCACCACAUUAUGGUUGAAAUAAAAAAGUAUAAAGCUAAUUACUAGAUCUGUUAUAUCUUAUAAUUGUACAUAAUUUUACACAAAUAAAUGUGUAUACUCGAACCUUCGCAA